AUGGUAGAAAAUAAGUUCUCGCCCUCAACUGUUACAAGGGAAGACUCUGAACUGAUAGAUGACAAAAAUGUAAAGCCUGUCAGAAGGCUAAUGACACCGCUACUUUCAACGAGGGUCCCGCCAGUACCUCACGAAUCUGAAAGGAAAGAAUUCCCGUUACUGAACACUAACAUUAUUUCCAGAACUUUUUUUACCUGGCUGAUACCUUUGUUUAACAAAGGCUACAAGCGAACACUUGAUUUCAAUGACCUAUGGAAAUUGGACCAACGUCUCUCCAUAAAUACAACAUAUCCGAAAUUUCAACAUUACCUUAAUAGAAUAAUUGCCGAAAAUGAGACCAAAAAUGGAAGGACGCAGGGUAUACCUAGAUUCGGGAUCAUCAAAGCUUUAUUUUAUACUUUCAUGUGGGAUUACCUAUUCUCGAUUGCAGCUGCUACGCUUUUCAAUGGGUGUCAAGUUGUUAUCCCAAUCCUGCUUAAGCAUUUAAUUGAUACUGUCCAGCACAAGGUGCUUGAACCAAAUGCCUCUAUAAAGGAUGGGAUUGGUUAUGCAGUAGGAAUCGUGGGCUUGUUAGCAUUGAAUGCACUACUGUUUAACCAUUCCCUACAACAUUCGAAAUUUGUUGCUGCUCACGCAAGGACAAUACUAACGAAAGCACUAUUGGAAAAGUCAUUUGUGGCUAGCGCCGAAACUCAACAUUAUUUCUCGAACGGCAAGAUUUUUUCAUUGAUGAGCAGUGAUUUGUCUAAAAUUGAGCUGGGAAUCAGCUUUUUACCAAAUGCUCUCGCGACACCUCUACCAAUCAUGGCAGCAAUUGCUAUCAUUAUCGUCAACCUUGGGCCAGCAGGGUUGAGUGGCAUUGGAGUUUUUCUGUUAACAGUAAUCAUGUUCAUUAUCCCCGGCACGUUACUUGUUAAGUAUAGACAAAAGUCAGCCAAAUAUACUGACAAGAGAGUUAGUUUAAUGAGAGAGGUCUUGAUGGCGAUGAAAAUGAUCAAGCUUCAUUCUUGGGAGUAUGCCUAUCAAAAAAAGAUUUUCGAAGAAAGAACCAAAGAGUCUAAUUACAUCUUCAAAUGUGAAUGGCUUACUAACUUAAUGUAUGGAGCUGUUUUUAAUUUAGCCUCAACAUCAUCAAUGACAGCGUUUCUAGUUUCCCAUGCGACUAGAUCUGAAAAUAAUUCUCCCGGUAGUAUCUUUUCCUCCUUGGCAUUAUAUAAUACAUUGAUGAUAAUUAUAGCAGAGUGUCCAAUGAUUUUGGGGUACUGCACUUCUGCAUCAGUUAGCUUUACUCGAAUCCAUGAGUUCUUGAAUGCUGCUGUAGAGGAUGUGGAACAUGACAAGAAAUGGGAUGAUCUUGAAGCUAACGUUUCUAUCGAAGUGAAAGAAGGGGCAUUUGAAUGGGAAACUUUUGAGGAUAAUGAGAAAGCAAAUAAUUUCAAUCUUUAUGACAUAAAUCUUAAUGUUCAUAGAGGAGAGUUUGUUAUUAUCACAGGUGCCAUUGGUUCUGGGAAAUCUACACUGUUACAUGCAAUAAAUGGAGAUAUUAAAAAAACUGCAGGUGAAAUCAAGAUUCAGGGGUCUUCCGUUUUCUAUGGAAAUCCAUGGAUUCAAAGUGCGACAAUUCGAGAAAACAUCGUAUUUGGUUCAAAAUUUGAUCCUGUUUACUACUAUAAGACAAUUAAGGCAUGCGCACUGGAGCCAGAUAUUGCCUUUUUGCCGGCAGGUGAUAUGACUGAAGUUGGUGAGCGAGGCGUUACGUUAUCUGGAGGACAAAAGGCAAGGAUCAGUUUGGCAAGGGCAGUCUACGCACGUAAGGAUAUUUAUCUUUUAGACGAUGUUUUAAGCGCUGUGGAUGCAAAAGUGGCAAAGCAUAUUGUUGAAAAGUGUUUUUUCGGGUUAAUCGCUGACAAGACAAAACUUUUGGCUACACACCAACUAUCUUUAGUUUAUAGCGCAGAUCGUGUAGUCUUUAUGAAUGAUGGCAAUGGAAUGAUUGAUGUUGGGAAACCCUCGGAAUUAUAUCAAAGGAAUCCUACUUUUGGUGCGUUAAUGGACCAUAUUACAAAAGAGACUACUCAGGAAUCAGCUGAAGCGAAACCAGAGAGGGACUUAGAAGGAGAUGUAGAAAUGGAUCAAGAAAUGGAUCAAGAUCUGGGAAAUUUUGAUCCCAAAGAAGGAGGUCUAUAUAAUGCAGAAGAAAAAGCGGUGGAUGCAAUCCCACUCAGUAUCUACAAACAGUAUUUGAAUGCAGGAUCAGGGGUUUUUUCUGUUUAUGCACUACCUCUUUUAAUUGGCAUCACAAUCUUAACAGUAUUUGUAACCAUGUUUGCCAAUGUAUGGCUAUCUUUCUGGGUUGAUGAAAAGUUCUCAGGUAAAAGCUCUGGUUUUUACAUAGGUAUCUAUAUCACAUUUGUUUUUUUGGGAUUGCUCUUUUUAUUUUUGGAGCUCUCCACUUUGGGAUACCUUACCAUAAAUGCUUCCAAAACUUUAAACCUGAAUGCUGUGGCCAGAUUAUUACGUACCACCAUGAAGUUCAUCGAUGGUACCCCUAGUGGAAGAAUUUUAAACAGAUUUACUAAAGAUACUAACUCGCUGGAUAAUGAAAUUGGUAAUCAGUUAAAAAUGCUAAUUCAUAUGGUGGCAUCUGUUAUAGGCAUUUUGAUUUUAUGUGUCAUAUAUUUACCAUGGUUUGCAAUCGCGAUUCCCUUACUAUUCAUCAUUUUCUUCAUGAUUACGAACUAUUAUCAGGCUUCCUCAAGAGAAAUUAAACGGCUGGAAGCACUAAGCAGAUCACAUGUCUACGAUAACUUCAAUGAAGUGUUAAAUGGAAUGAGCACUAUUAAAUCAUUUGGCUCCCAAGAGAGGUUUAUGAAUAAGAAUGAUAAAUGCGUCGAUAAGCUGAAUGAAGCAUAUUUCGUAACGGUUGCUAAUCAAAGAUGGAUCGGUAUCACUUUAGAUCUUACAGGAUGUGGAAUUACUUUUCAUGUAACUAUGCUUGCUUUAACAAGACAGUUCAACCUAACUGCAGCAUCAACAGGUCUCAUAACAUCUUAUGUGUUAGACCUCGCGGGAUCGCUGUCACCUACUCUUGUUGCGUAUUCUGAGGUCGAAAAUGAAAUGAAUUCAGUCGAAAGGUUAUGUCAUUAUGCAAAUAGCUUGGAUCAGGAGGGUGCCUUUGAAGUACCAGGUGAAACAUUACCCCCUGAUUGGCCUCAGAAAGGGCACAUAGAAUUUAUUAAUGUAUCUUUGAGAUUUCGUGAAGGGGUUCCACUGGCUGUGAGAAAUUUAAAUAUAAAUAUAAGACCCUCGGAAAAGGUUGGUGUUUGUGGAAGAACUGGAGCUGGUAAAAGUACGCUGAUAACCGCACUCUAUAGGAUCGUAGAGCUGUGUGAAGGAAAAAUAAAGAUUGAUGGUAUUGAUGUGCGAAAGAUUGGAUUACAUACCUUAAGAUCUAGAGUGUCGAUAAUACCACAAGAUCCAGUGCUAUUCAGAGGAACAAUUAGAAAGAACCUUGAUCCAUUUGACCAAAGAACAGAUAUGGAGCUGUGGGAUGCGCUGCGAAGGAGCAGUCUCUUCUCUUCUGAGGAGAUCAAGGCUAUAAAAGAGGGAAAGGAUGGAGAGGAUAGCAAAUUUCACUUACACAGUGUUGUUGAAGAGGAGGGCUCCAAUUUCUCGCUUGGAGAACGCCAACUUUUGGCAUUAGCUAGAUCAUUAGUUCUUCGUUCGAGGAUUCUGAUUAUGGAUGAAGCUACUUCCAACGUUGACUAUGAAACUGAUUGUUUAGUGCAAAAAACUGUUGCCCGCGAAUUUAAAGACUGUACAGUUAUUUCUAUUGCUCAUAGACUAAAGACGAUUCUGAGUUACGACAAAAUAAUAGUGUUGGACAAUGGAGAAUUAGUAGAGUUUGAUGAGCCAUUCGAGCUGUACAAUAAGGGAGGCUUAUUUAGAAGCAUGUGCGAAAACUCCUGUAUUAAUACUGAAGAUUUCCGUUCUUUUAUUUGA